AUGGCUCAUAAAAGUCCUCGAUAUUGUUUAUAUCGAGAAUUUGUCGAUGCUUACAUGAAAGGUCAUCCUGAAAUGACACGAUGUACCUCACAUCAUAGUGCACAAACAGAAUGGAAUCAAAUAAAAAAAGAUGAAGAAUUAGUACGAAAAAAAAUCACUGAAUAUCUUAAUACAUGGAAUAAAUCCGGCGCAACAACAGUUGAAACAAAACAAUCAACACCAACAACAAAUGGAAAAAAAGGUUCAACAAAAAAAACAACACGUAAACGUACACUUUCAUCAGAAGAUGAUGAUCCAAAUUAUGAUCCAAAUGUUGUCGAAUCUGAAACACCAACAUUUUCUAAACGUAAGAAUACAUCAACUGAUGAUAUGGAUGCUGAAACAUUAGCUAAAGAAAAACCAUGGAUUGCACGUUCAAAUGAAAAAGCUGCUAAGAAAAAAGCACAAGCACAAGCUAAAGCAACAAAAGCUGAAAUUGACAAAAUUAAAACACCAGCACAAGAAUCUGUAUUAAAAGAUCUUAAAGAAAUAUCUGAACGUAUUGCUAAUUUAAUUCAAGUUAAAAGUAUGGGUUUAUUAACACCAGAAAAUCAAAAAACAUUAAAAAAAUUAAUUGAACAAAAAAAACAACGUACAACAGAUCUUAAACGUCUUCAAUCAAAACAACGUGCAUCAACACGUUAUCGUGAAAGAAAAAAACGUCGUGUUGAACAAUUAUGUGCAUCUAAUCCUGAAGUUGCUGCUGAAUUAUCGAAAAUUUUCCGACCAUCAAAUAGAGGUAUGCAAAUUGAUGAAGAUUGUCCAGAUCUUUUACAAAUUAUUGCUGAAAUUGCACGUGUUGGUGGUGCAUCUGAUAAUAAAGGCAAAGCAUGUGUAUCAUUAGAUGAUUUAAAAGAUAAAAUUAAAGAACGUGGAUAUGAAAUUCGAAAAUCUUCACUUUAUUAUCGUCUUAUGCCUAAUCGUGCUUUAUCUCAUGAUGGAAAAAAACAUGUCGUAACUGUACCUGUUCGUCUUCGAAAAUUACAAGGAAUUCAAGAACCACCAAAGCAUGAAGAUUCGCAUUUUACUGCUGCUGCAUUAAGACAUAUUAAAGAUUUAGCAGGAAUAUUUGGUAAUGAUUGUGUCUUUUAUUUAACACAAGAUACAAAAGCUAAAGUUAGUAUUGGUCGACCUUCAGCUAAAGGUCAAGCACCACUUAUUAUGCAUUUGGAUUAUGAACAAAGUUUAAUUGAACCAGAAACGGCUCCAGUUGCUAAACAUCAAUUUACACCAUGUAUUUAUGGUGCAUCAAUUAUUGAUGAUACAGGUUUAAUUGGUAAUGCUGGUCCAACAUAUGUUUCAAUUCGAUCAGCUAAGCAUGAUCGAUUAACACAUGAAACUCAUGCUAUUGAUUUUGAUCGUUUAGUUCAAUUAAAAGAAUUUGAAAAAGUUGCACGUGAUCAUCUUGGUCGAGUUAAACCUAUUGUUGUUAUUAAUGUUGAUAGUAAUGGUUUAGAAAAUAAUACACGUUAUCCUAAAACACUUUCAACAGCUAUUGAUAAAUUUAAAAAAUAUAAUUUAGAUGGACUUUUUAUUAUAAAUCAAGCACCAGGUCAAGCUUUAUUUAAUAUUGUUGAACGACGUUUAUCACCUAUGUCACAUGAUUUAGCUGGUCUUAUUCUUCCACAUGAUCAUUUUGGUACACAUUUAAAUGAUGCAGGUUCAACUGAACAUGCCGAAUUAGAAAAACAAAAUUUUAAAAUGACUGCUGAUGUUUUGGCUGAAGUUUGGAGUAUGAAUGUACUUGAUGAAUAUCCUGUUGUUGCUGAAUAUAUUAAUCCACCACCAUUAAUUGAUGAACAACUUAAAAUGGUUGAUAGUACAUUAACUUUGGAUAGUAUCAUUGAUCGAAUUUGUUCUGAAGAAGAUGAAGAAGCACCACUUGAUCAACGUGUUACUCAAACACGUACAACUCCAACGAUUCCAACAACAGAAAUCAAGACUGAAUGUGACAUUGAUGAAUAUUGGUGUGCAACACAUGUUCUUCACACUCAAUAUACAAUUCAAAUAAUUCGUUGUAAUAAUCCAUCAUGUUGUACACCAUGGCGUUCAAAUUAUAUUCAAGUAUUUCCACAUCGUUUUCUUCCACCACCAGUACCAUUUAAUCGUUCAUCACGUGGUGUUAAAAUGGCUGAAAUUGAAUCAUCAUCGGCAAUAAUAAAUCCUGUAUCACCAUUUUAUGGUAAUCUUUUUCAACGUAUACAAUUUCAUGGUAUUGUUAUUAAUCGUACACAUAAUGAUUUAUUACCAUUUGAUGCAUGUUGUCCAUCAUUACAAAUAAAAUUAUCUUCACGUAUAUGUUCAAUUUGUAAACAAUAUAUACCAUCAGCAAUACGUUUACGUAAUCAUUAUAAAAUUCAUCAACAACAAUAUGCAUCAAAUUUCUUAGAUUAUAAUAAUAAUAAAGAGGAAGAUUUUAUUGAUGAUAAUGAUUUAAAUGAUCCAUAUGAAAUGUCAAUGUUACAAAUAAAACCAACACAAAAUGGUGUUUGCUUAUUUACAGAUAUGAUUGAAUGGUUAAGAUCAGAUUUUGAAGAUGAUCCUGUUGUUGAUACAAAAGCUAAAUCAACAGCAGCAACAGCAUCGGCUAUGAUUCGAAAAGAUAAACAAAUGGCAGCUAAUCAAACAACAACAACAACCAUUCAACAAGAAAAAACAAUUACAAUUACAACAAAUAAUCAUCAAACACAAAUAAAUAAAAAUGUUACACAAGAACAAGUUACAACUAUAACAGGUGAUACACAGACAACAACAACAACAACGACUGAAAGUCAAUGUUUAGUUGAUGUUCAAACAGAAAAUGGCAGUGUGUUAGAUGCUAUGGAACAAUUAGCUAUGAUUGAAGAUGGUACAAAUUCAAUUGGAAAUGCACCAAGUCAAGAAAGCUGGGAUGAUCUUGAUGAUCUUGUUGAAAAAAUUUAA